UUUAAUCUCCUAUACGCACACGUGCGCGGUGGCACUGGAAAUUCCUCUAGGGUUAAGGAAGCUUGCCUGGGUCUCCAGCACAAACGCCAAUCCAAUUUUACUCAUCGUUCCAGGUCUUCUAACAAAACCCUCAACCCUCUACGAAUCUAAUUCCUCACUUCACUUCUCAACAAACCCACACACCCACCCAUGGACGCCCCCAAAAAUGGCGCCUCUCUCAUAAAGCAGCUAGCUUCAUCCCACAAACCCACCCGCGACAAGGCCCUCCGCCUCCUCCUCAACGCCUGGCUCCCCGCCCAGACUCAAAUUUCCGAUAACGACAUGAAGAAGCUCUGGAAAGGCCUCUUUUAUUGCGUCUGGCACGCCGAUAAACUCCCCGUUCAAACUCAGCUGAUCCAAAACCUCUCUUCUUUCCUCCCCUCCCUUCCCCUCCCCCUCUCUAUCCAUUACUUCUCCGUGUUCUUCCUCACAAUGCGCUCCGAGUGGCCCGGCAUUGACAAUCUCAGGUUAGACAAGUUCUAUUUACUGAUUAGGACUUUCUUGCGUUAUUUUUUCGAGAUUUUCAAGAAGCAUUCGUGGGAUUUCGAGAUUUCUAGGAGAUUAAUGAAUGUUUUAAUUGAUAAUUGUGUUUUAGAUGAGGGUAAGGUUAAAGGUGAUGGUGUAAAUUAUUAUGUUGUUUCGAUUUUUGUUGAGGAGCUUAGUCCGUUUUUGCCUUUGAGGAAGGAGGUUGUUGAGGAAGUCUUUGGGCCGUUUAUUUCGAUUAUGGGGAAAGGGCAAGAUAAGGUGUUGUUAUCAAAGAUUAAGAGUGGGGUGUUUGAGGUGUUGUUGAAGAUGGGGAAGAAAUUGUUGGAGAUGAAGAAAUCGGGAUGUGAGGUUGAUUUGGCCGAUGAGGUUGUGAAGUUGGGGACAAUUGCGUUAGUCAUGGGAUUUUCGGCUAAGUUUUUUGAGUUUGGAUCUUCUGUUGAGUGUCUUCAAGGGAAUAGGAAGGUGUUGUUUGGUUUGCAUGAAGAGUUUCUUAAUGUGGAGAAGGACUUGGAGUCUUCUGGUAUUGUUAUUUCUAUUCCUGUGGUUGAUGUCGAUGAUGAAGAUGAUGAGGUGCCGGAUUUGGUUCCUAUUAACAAUCACAUGGAAGUGGAUGCAGCCCCAGACGGUGUUGUCCUAGAAACUUCUAGCAAAGUCUUGAAGAAACUCAAAAAGGCCAAAAAGGUGUCUAGUGGCAAUGACGAAAAGGAGAAAAAGCGGAAGAAGAAGAAGAAAAGUAAUCCUGUAUCUGACCUUGGUGGUGAAAAUGGUAUUUGUGAUAAGGAAGAGGAGAAUGUAGACUGUGCAGCUCAUGAUAUUUCAAAUGAUGAGCAUAGUGCUGAUCCUAAUUUGAUUUCUUAUAAUCAGUCUUUGGUAUCCAAUCUCCACAUGCAGUUUGAGAAAGUUGCUGCUGAAGUCGGCUUGGAAAAUAAUGUUGAAAGUACUUGUGAUUUACCAAAAAUUGCAGUUAAUGGAACUGUCUCCAAGAAGAGGAAGAGAGCAAAGAGUGCCAGUGGACAAUAUUCAAAGAACCCAGACUCUGACCAGGUAGAUGCUGAAGUUAGCCUAAGUGCAAAGAGUAGGGAGAAGAGUGCAAAGAAGGUAAAGUUUUCCAUGAAAAACAACUUAGUGUGGAAGCCCCAAAGUCCUUUACCACCACAAAGUUUGAGAUUACCUCCUUCUGCUACCCCAAGAGGCAGUGCACUCAAGAAAGGGGUGCCACCAGGUCCUAUCAGGGAGAUGCCGCUUGCAAUUAAAAAGGCAAAGCAAAGAGCUAAAUCUACAAAGAAAGCUCGGAAGGUGAUAAAGAUUGUGAAGAAGAUAAAGUCUCAUUCCACCCAAUAGGGUAUAGUUUUUGGUUGUGUUUGUUGAAUGAAAACCCAUUUUAUUAUUGGUUGCAUUAUUCUCUUGCUUUCUUUUGCUGUGUAAUUUUUUAAAAACAUUAUUAGUUUAACCAAUUGAGUAAAAUUGAUGUGUAGAGGAUAGGUUUUGUUUUUAAUUGAAGUUAUUUCCUGAUAAUGGGAUAUGUAACUCUCAUAAGUCAUUUUAUCCUCCAUUUUUUAUGUUACACACAUGCUAGUAUGUAGCAUGCAUUUAUUUGGAUCA